CGCCUUCUCCUCCCAACCCCCCUCCCCCACCUUCUGUUCCUUGAAUUCCACGCGACCGACGGGCGAUCCGACCCCCCCGACCCGGAUGGCGAGCCUGUGGCGGCUGGCGUCCAGCACCUUCACCUCCGACAAGCCGGCCGCCGACUACGACGGCGUGGAGUUCUGGACCAACCCCGAGCGCACCGGGUGGCUCACCAAGCAGGGCGAGUACAUCAAGACCUGGCGCCGCCGUUGGUUCGUCCUCAAGCAGGGCAAGCUCUUCUGGUUCAAGGAAUCCACCGUCACCCGCGCCUCCCGCCCCCGCGGCGUCAUCCCCGUGGCCUCCUGCCUCACUGUAAAGGGCGCCGAGGACGUCCUCAACAAGCAGUACGCCUUCGAGCUCUCCACCAGAAACGAUACCAUGUACUUCAUCGCCGACUCCGAGAAGGAGAAGGAGGAUUGGAUCAAUUCCAUCGGCCGGUCCAUUGUGCAGCACUCCCGGUCCGUCACCGACUCCGAGAUCGUCGACUACGACAGCAAGCGGUGAGGUGAAUUCCCCGAUCUCCACCGCUGCCUCCUGCUCUCCGUUUCACGUGAUUAUUUGGUGUGUCUGUAUAUUGGCAAUUUGAGAUCGGUCGCGUCUUCGAUGAUUCCGCUUGAUGCUGUAUAAACAGAUGCUAUGGCAAUCCGUUCGAGUAAUCGUCGGAUUGGAUCGUGAUCCUAUUACUCGAGUUUGAAUUUGAAAUUUGUGCAUUCCGCUGCGAAUUGAAAGUUCUAAUUUUGUGCCCGUCGAAGGUUGAAUUGGUAGAGAGUUGUAUGAGCGGCAGCUACUCCCCGGUACUGCAAAAUUUUCCAGCUUUAUUUAUUAGUUGAAGAGCUUGCAAUA